CAUGAAGACCUACUGAAUUUAGUACUGGGAGUGCUGCGCUCCUGGAAUGAUCCCUUGAUCCAUCUGGCCUCUGAAGUACAAAGAAUCAAAGAAGCUCCAGACACCAUCCUCUGGAAGGCUGUGGAGAUUGAAGAACAAAACAAGCGGCUUCUUGAAGGAAUGGAGAAAAUAGUUGGGCGGGUUCAUUCUGGAGGGAUCGGAAAUGAAGUCUCCUCGCGGUGGGACGGCCUCCCAUCCCUGCAACUCGCCGACGAGGACUCCAGACUCUUUGCCUUUUACAACCUGCUGCAUUGCCUCCGCCGAGACUCCCACAAAAUCGACAACUAUCUCAAGCUCCUGAAAUGCCGCCUAAUCCACGACAGCAAUUGUUAGCUCCUCGUGGGCCUCAUCGCUCACUGAAAGCAUUGGCCAGUGUUCUUGUUGCUUUGCCCCUUUUCGUUGCAAAUUCUGUGACAGGUCACACCGCACAGCCUCGGGAUCACCAGUAACUUUCAGGCACGUUUGUGUGAAUUCCGGCUGCGACUAUUAGCACCGUUUAUCUCGGGUGUUUUAAAAGGUUACAAAUUACUUGUACGACAAGGGUGCACUUUUCUGUCCAAUCUCCUCACCUAGUAGCAUUUCAGUGAUAACAAGAUCAUGCAGAUA